CAGCGCGGACGGCCGCCAUUGCCGAUAUCGAAUUUAAAAAAGUAAAAAUUGAAAACGCGACAAACUAAACACCUAAAUAAUAUUUAUUAAAUUUGAAUUUGUCGUUCGAAAGUUUGUGAAGCAUGACCGUUGAUCCGACAGCGACAAAUGUCACUGGAGUCGUUAUAAAAAGCUCGCAAAACCGGCUCCUCAUCAAGAAUGGGAAGGUGGUCAACGAGGAUGGUAUGGAAGACACCGAUGUCUACAUCGAAGAUGGCAUCAUCAAACAAGUGGGCCGCAACCUCAUCAUCCCUGGAGGCACAAGGACCAUCGACGCGACGGGGAAACUCGUCAUGCCAGGGGGCAUUGACCCCCACACCCACUUCGAGCUGGAGAUGAUGGGAGCCAAGACCGCUGACGACUUCUACAAGGGCACUAGGGCUGCGGUCGCCGGGGGGACCACUACUGUUAUUGACUUCGUUCUACCUCAAAAAGGGCAAUCACUUCUUGAUGCUUACGCCAACUGGAGGCAAAAGGCUGACGGCAAAGUGUGCUGCGACUACGGUCUCCACGUGGGCGUCACCUGGUGGUCUCCCUCAGUCAAGAAAGAGAUGCAGCAGUUAGUCUCCGAGCAAUACGGAGUCAACUCCUUUAAAAUGUUCAUGGCAUACAAAGAUGCCUGGAUGUUGGACGAUUAUGACUUGUACUGCGCUUUCGAAGCCUGUGCCGAGUUGAGGGCUUUGCCUCAGGUGCACGCGGAAAACGGGAACAUCAUAGCUCGUAACACUGAGAAGCUGCUGGCGGCAGGAGUGACUGCCCCGGUGGGACAUCAGCUGUCUCGCGACGAGGAGGUGGAGGCCGAGGCUGUCAACAGAGCCUGCGUCAUUGCCAAUCAGGCCAACACCCCGCUGUACAUCGUGCACAUGAUGUCCAAGAGCGCUGUCCAGGCCCUAAGGGCCGCGCGCCGCAAGCAGAAGCAGCCCGUGUAUGGGGAGACCCUGGCCGCUACCGUUGGCACGGAUGGGUCUCACUACAGGAACGCGUGCUUCCGUCACGCGGCUGCGCACGUGUUGUCGCCGCCCCUGCGCCCCGACCCCUCCACUCCCGAGGCUAUUGUGGAGGCCCUCGCCAAUGACGACCUGCAGCUGAUUGGCAGCGACAACUGCACGUUCAGGGAACAAGACAAGCAGCUCGGCAAGGAUAACUUCAGCAAGAUCCCUAACGGCGUGAACGGAGUCGAGGACCGCAUGGCCAUUCUCUGGCAGAAGGCUGUUAACACCGGUAUAAUGGACCCCUGCCGCUUCGUCGCUGUGACAAGCUCCAACGCAGCUAAGGUGUUCAACUUGUGGCCGCAGAAAGGCCGUAUCGCAGUGAACAGCGACGCGGAUGUGGUGGUGUGGGACCCGCGCCUGGAGCGCACUAUCACCGCCGCCGCGCACCGCCAGGCUGUCGACUUCAAUAUCUUUGAAGGCCAACACGUGGUAGGCAGUCCCCAGUACGUCAUCGUUAAUGGCCGCGUAUGCCUCGACGAUGGAGACUUACGCGUCGCUGAGGGCUUCGGACGCUUCCUGAAGACUCCGGCCAACUGCCCGUAUGUGUUCGGCGAGGAGAAGGGGUCUGAAGACGAGGCCCCCGUCGAUCAUAGACCCCUAGAGACCCCCAAUGGGACGGUCAGGAAUGGAACCCCAACUUCUGGGCUUGCUGAGCUGACAAUAGUGAAUAAGCAGCUGGAGGGUAUGGGCGUGUCGUCUGGCUGCUCGACCCCCACGGGACGGAAGAUGCGUGAACCAGGGCAACGGAACCUGCAGAACUCAACCUUCUCUAUCAGCAAAGAGGUCGAGGGCCUGGACACGAAGACUUCGGUUCGCGUGCGAAACCCACCGGGUGGCAAGUCCUCCGGCCUGUGGUAAAGAUGGUCACCAUCCACCAUCGCCUGUGGUAGACGUGGUCACUAUGCCGGGUAGAUGUGGUCACCACAAACCAGAUUGCACUGGUUAUAACUGGAUAGCUUUACUGCGUAGCUUGUGGGAAAAUGUUAUCGGUUGCGUUCUUUUGAUAAAAUAUGUAGAGGAUUUUCACUGGGUUACUUAAACAGCCUAUAUAUGUCCCAAUACUGGGCUCAGGCCGUCCCUCAAUCAAUGAGAAGGGAUAUCAACUUAAAAAAACCUUUAAAAAAUUGCUGUUACUGGCCAGAUUUUAAUUCGGUAAUAAAUAAUUAUUUUUAUUCUUUUUAUGUUCAAAUUCUUUUUUUAAAGUUUUGAAUAAGUUUGCCUUUGUCUGGCACGCUGAAAUUAAAAAUAAAUAAAUAAACUCGUAAAAUAAAAUACGAUUAUUUUUCAGAUUAAUGAAGUGCAAACUUUUUCCUUCCUUUUUUAACUAAUUAUAAUAAUUCGUCAUAAAAUAAUUAUUGAUGUUUUUUUUUCGUACGAUAACUAAAGCUGUUUUAAUACCUAUAAUGUUUUUCUACAAGUAAGCAAAGAAUGUGUUAAGCGCUUGGUCCCGCCAAGAACCAAUAUUAGGUUAUUUAUUUCUUAACCCAAAGCUUAGUAACAAGGUGUAAACUACUACAAAAAGUAGUCGUGUGAGUGUGACUAUUAUUUUGUAGUUGUUUACUUUUUUUGUAGUGAGUGUGCUAGUACAAUGUACAACAGUCAUGAGCAAUAUCAUCACCCAUUUCAGAACCCUGUCGCACUAACAAAUUUGACAUUAAAUGAGACUUACAGUUCAAUUUGUCGAAAACGUUAAUGUGACAUGGUACCAAAGUGUAUAGAUUAAUUCGCCUAAUUUUCCAAAGUGACAAAUUACGGUUCUGUUUCCCCUAUAACUUGUGUUAUCAUGUUAAACUAAUUUGGAAAUUAUUCCAAAGAAUUUGACUAAGUUUUAUUACAUAAAAAUAAAUACCUCAACUACAUAAAUGCCAAAUAUGAAUAAUUAAACGUAUACAGGGUGUUAGAAACACCUUAAAGAAAACUUAGUGGGAUGAUUCAGACUAUGAUUCUGAGUUGAUAUCAAGUGGAAUUUCCUGUCGGAAAAUUCAUGAAAAGUUUUUUUAAAAAUUUCAGCUCCAUACAUUUGCGACGGAAAAUUGUCGAAUUCCACUUGACAUCAACUCAGAAUCAUGGUCUGAAUCAUCGCUCAAAAUUUGCGUUACGAUGUCAAUAACACCCUGUAUAACAAAAUACUAGCUUAGCUGUAUUACAAUGUACUAGCACAUACCUGCUAUUGAUAAGAUGUAUGGAUGUGUAACUAUUUAGCUUAGCAUGACAUAAUAACAGGAUAUCGAAUAAGCAUUAUUAUUUAUUCUGGUUAUCUACAUAGACUGAUAUCAAAUUACAUAGAAAUUAUUUAUUGGACACAGUGAUAGAUAUCAAAAUUCUGUACGUUAGUAGCUCGAUGGAUAUGUUUAUGAUGUCAUUGCAAUAUCAUAAAACAUUAUGAAAAAGUAUGUACCUAUCGGUUGAAUUCCAUACAUCGCAACUUUUACUUCAGUACACGGGCGAGGCUUAUGAUGAUCUCGAUUACUUCGUCAUCAUCAUCAUCAUCGUCAUCAUCUCCCUAGCGUUAUCCCGUUUCUGACAGGGUCCUAUUUUUUCAGAAAUGACUGCCUGUCUCACCUUCCGAUCAGGAAUAACCAGCCCAAUACAGGUUAGGUCACAUACCUCGAAAAAGUAUUUCUCGGGUAUGUUUCCUCACGAUGUUUUCCUCGCCGCUGAGCACGAAAAACGAUUUGGAAAGUCAUAGCUUUAGGCCCGUGUUGGAUUUGAACCUGUGACCUUACAGUGAGAGUCAAACGUUAUUCCAACUGGGCUAUCACGGUUCACUAACUUCCCACUUCUGGGCAAUAAAAUCAUGUAACUACAUCAAAACUCAGAUAUCCACUCUGAGCGACUUUUCUCGGAAGAAGUUCUCUGGGAUGUCGCCCUGAACAAAUAAAAGGUUCGUGUCCACUUGGGCACUCUCAGGAGUUUGUCAACGACAUCAAAAUAAGAAUGAACAUACUAAUAAUUUUGCAAUGAUUUCACUAUAAUAACCUCGUAAUAUUUUACUUACGAAUAAACUGUAAAAUGUAGUGCCGUUUUUAAGUAGAAUUUACUUAUAAAAUUUGCUACUUGACAGUUUUCCAAUAGGUAUUUAAAAAAAUACAAACGCUAAUUUUAUACCUCUCAAAAUAUUUUGUUUUCUCAAAAAAAUAAUUAAUGUUGGUCGCGUGACAUUUUGCCCAGUGACGUCACAUUUCAAGAAACAAAAAACUGUCUAACAGUAUAACUUCAAACCUGACAGAUAGUUUCUGUUUUUUGUGGAACCUGACCUGACGUCACACGAAGCUCAAUCAUGGCCGCCCGUGUUUCGAGUUUUAUAAUACACAGAUAAAAGAUCGCAUUCUUAUUUUGUAAAAAUAAAAUAUUUCAAAAUGAUCUUAAUUUAAAAAAAAACUAUUGGAUUAUUAUCAUUAAAUGAUAAACUACCAUAUCUGAUAUAUUUUAUUUUUUAUUGUUACAUCUGUCAAGUAGCCAAUUAUCAUUUUACACAUACAAUCAUGAGCAAUAUAAUGUUCCCACUUUAGGACUCUGUCGCACUAACAUAUUUGACAUUUAGUGCGACUUACAGUUCAAUUUGUCAAAAAAGUUAAUGUGACAUGGUACCAAAGUGUAUACAUAUUAAUGCUCGUGACCCUACAUAUUACGUCAAAUCCAAAGUGUCAAAAUAUUCAUAGAAUUUUGGCUUCCGUAUUUUUAAUUUAACUGGAAGCAGUUAAAACUUCCUGUUAACUAUGGUUAAACCCAAUACCUAUUGGCAGGUUUUUAAUCCAAAUAAGCAUUUAACAUUUUUGUUAUUGUUUUAAUCCAGACUUUCUAACUAAUUAGUAACUAAGAAAUUUGGCGAUUCAAAACAGGCGUUGUGUGAAUUUGUAUGGGAACCGACGGAUACCGUCGAAGUAAUAUGGAUAUAGAAGAGUGAGUUGAAACUAGAAAGUAGAAUAUUUACCCUUUUAUCGAGGCAACUUAAAUUGGGAAGAGUAAACUACUGUAGAGGUUUUGUCCUUUAUAGUGUUAAAAUUAAAUUAUCAACGUCAAAAAUGGACGAUGGAAGAUUCUAUCUCCAAAAACUCGAGUAAAAUAAGCCAAAUAGACAAAACCAAACGGUUUAUUUAAGCCUAAAAGUGUAGCUCACCUUUACGUCACUUACCAUCAGGAGAGAUUAUGGUUAAACGCAAACCUAUUUAAACUAAUGUGUUUGUUUAACUAAAUGUUUUGGGUCUUCUAUAUUCAUUUACUUACGAUGUUGGAAAAACGAGUGAUUUGGAUAUAAAAACCAUGGUACAAGAAAACAAGGUACGCUCAGUCCGAAGAAAAGCCGCCAUUGCUAGCCGUUUGAUGACGUAAGUGUUACCAUUAAAUUGGUAUCUCCAACAUUCCAAGGACUUGAAUUUUAUUAUUGAAAAUUAACCGAAUUACUGACUAACGUAGGUACUUUACUAUCACUUGUAUAAGAAAAACAUUCAAACUGUAAGUAAAUAUUUUAUUAAAAGUUUAAAAUUACCUUGCAAAGUAAAUUAAAAACAUAAGUUGUGGGUAAUUAUUUUUUUACAAAAUGGCAACGGAUGGUGAGAUGACGUCAGCUCGGCUAACCUUGAAAUGUUAGCUGUCAGUUGAGCAUACCUUGUGUUGUUGUACCAUGAUAAAAACUAGAAUGAGGAAAUGUUGAUGUGAAAGAUAUAAAAAUCUUGAAUAUUGUAAGUUGUCUGUGCUUAAGUGAUUGUUAGUUCAUGUAAGGUAAAGUUAAGAAUUUUUAUUGUUUUUAUAUUAAGCGAAGCACCCUAAAAUUCUACCACUAAUGUUUUAAUUAUUAUUAAAAUACUUCAUAAAAACAUAAUCUGUUGACCAGAAAGACUUCACUUCAUAGUUUUCAACUAAUUAUUUAGUUGAAUUCGUAAAUUGUGUAACGAAUUUUAUGGCAGACGCGUGUGUAUAGUAUCUUACGAUCUUUCAUACGUAAUUAUAUGUAAAAGAUAUUCAAUAGUGUAGACCAUUUGUUACCCGCGACGUGGCUUCAAACUCUACUAUUAAAACUAAGUAUAGAAGUAUCAUAUAAACUUUACCACCCCUCUUUACCUGCUUAGGGGUUGAAUUUCGCAAAAUCCCGUCUUAGUGAGCACCUACGUCCUGAAAGGAACCCCCAUGCAAAAUUUCAGACUCCAAGCUCUUGUUUCUGAGAUUUUGUGAUGAGUGAAUGAAUCAGUCACCUUUCGCUUUAUUUAGACGAUGCACUGGGGGGUUAAAACGGCCACAUCGAAGCAAUUCUGAGAAAGAAUCAAUCAAUCAAAUCUGAGAAAGCAAUCAAGCAAACAAAUGUCAAAUAGCAAUAUUGCUUUCUUAGAUGAAUUGCUUCGAUGUGGCCAUUUUAACUCAUCAUCAUCUGAUCAGCGUUACCCCGUUUACCAGCGGUCCGCUUAGGUCGGUUUCCUCGCGAUGUUUUUCUUCACGGCUAAACACGUCGUAAUUAAAACACAUAAUAACGGGUUAACGGGUUCUUACCGCGUAUCUCAUAUCCCUACUUUAAAGUAGGGAUAUGAGACUCCCGAUGAUCGUCAUCCCGUGAUCAUGGCACUUGCAACAGUGUCGAAAUAUCUGGAUUCUCAUAUCCCUACUUUCAACGCGGUAAGAACCCGUUAUUAUGUGUUUUAAUUAUGAUAAUAACCGCGUAAACUUAAAACAAUGUAUAAGCACGUCGUACUCGUAUAAAGAUUAAUAUACUUCGAUUCAAUUGAUUAUGUAUGAAAGAUCGUUAGAUUACUAGCUAUUAGUUAACUGAAUACAUUAUAAGAAGUUUGUGAUCCAUGUUUACCGUGAAUCAGAAUGAGAUUUAACAAAUCCGUUUACAUAAGAAGCCAAUAUACGUCCUGCUACUGGGAACUGGAUUCUUCCCCGCGACUAACCAGAGGGACUUUGAGCCAAGUCUACGCGUAUCAAGUCGUUGGCUCCUGAUUGCUACUAGAGCCACCUGUAUCCCCGAAAGGGUAGGCAGACGUGCAUAGUAUAUAGGGGGCGAGUCUAUUGCCAACCGGGCACAAUUACGGAGUUUUUGUAUGUAAGGUUUCUUACAGAUUUUCUAUAAUGUAUUUGAACAGUUGACCAAAUUCCUAGGUGUUAAUAUCACAGUACAAAAAUCCUGUCCUCGAUCGUGGCUUACCUACAUCCUUGCUAGUCUUACGUCACAUUUUAUAGCAGUUUACAUUUUUUUUUUCUAAAUGUAUAUUCUCUAUUAUGCAUUGUCACAAAAUAAACAAUGUAAUCUCAAAA